AGCUGAGAAGCGAAAAAAGUUGUAGGAAGAGAAAGUUGUCAUCAUACGCUUCGUUAUAGGUCACAGUUCAACAUCAGGUGUAAUUCUUGAUAAAGCCGUUAAAGCCGAGGAGAAGGUGCAUGGAGAUUUUCUGAGAUUGAAGAUAACUGCAGCAACACUUGGUAUGACUUUAGCUGGACAUAGAAAGAAACGUCUAGUUUAUAUCGGCUGCAUGAAAUCUGGUCCUGUUCUUGCUCGAAAGUAAGCAGAGUGCUGUGCUUUCUAAAUUAGCUUAUAUUAAGAUAUGGGCAAUAUUUGGUUGUUCUGAUAUAUAUGCUCUUUAUUUAAUAGAGGAAUGAAACACCAUGAACCUGAGUACUGGAAAUUCGGUGAGGUUGGAAACUAAUAUUUUCGAUAUGCUACAUUGAAGGAUUUGGCCACUUACAUAUCAAUAAAUCAGAAUGUACUGCAUAAAUAUGCUGAUGAAGAUGUUUCAUUGGGAUCUUGGUUUAUCGGUUUAGAUGUGGAGCAUGUGGACGAUAGGAGACUCUACUAUGGUACUCCGCCAGAUUGUGAACUGUGUUGCUUCAUUUGACUGGAAGUUGAUGAAUGUUGUGGUGAGGACAAGAAUGCUUUACGGUGCACGAACUUUGUGCAAACUGCAAGAAGUUCUUUCUAACCGAGGAAAGAUACACAUGAGAACCAGGCAUAGAGAUGCUUUUUGUUUCCUUUUUUUUUUGCCUUUCCUACACUUGAAUUGCAUUCAUAGGUGUAAAGAAUGUGUAAUAGCAGAGCAUAGUAUAGAAAUAGAAGAGAGGCCCCUUGCUGCUGGGGUACCCCUCUAUUUCAGAGGAUACCAACCCCAACAACUGCAAGAAAGAAUGAAGACAGAACUGCAUCAACCUCAUUCUUUGAAUGGUGGAGGGCUGGAUUACAAGUUCUCUGCCAUGGUGAUGAGAUCCAUAAUUAGAGUACGUAGUAAUCUUUGUAGGCGGCAUUUUGCUGCUUCCUGCUCAAUAAAAUCAAUAUAUUACACAAUUAUAUCUUCAAGACUUCUAUCUCUUGUCGUUCAUAUGAACAAAGUUGAUUCAGAUACAGUCAUUAUUCAUCCUAGAUUCAUGAGGAUCGAUGAAAAAGGCAAAGUGACAUCACAGCCUUGAAUCAUGUGAGUUUAUGCUGGCAGCCCUCCUAUACUGAAUCAAAAGCCCACUGAUCAAUCUCUAAGCAUAAAGAAGUGACACCUUCUAGCUAAUGGGUUUAGUUUUCUUACAAAAUUAAACAAA